AUGAUUACUAAUAACUCCUCUUUGUGCAUUCAUUCUGGUACUAGAGUGUCCUUCUGGUAUGAUAAGUGGAUAGGUACUUCUUCCCUGGAAAUUUGUUUUUACCAUCUUUGCAAGUUGGAUAGACAUCAAUUCGGUAGUCUGGCUGAUCACAUUACUCCUGACGGUGCAUGGAGAUUUGAUUUCAAGAGAAUUCAUAAUAACUUGGAAGUGACUCAGUUAGCAGGGUUACUCAACGUUAUUGGUAGUGAUCCUCCUGUUAUAGACACUCUUCCCGAUACUGGGCGUUGGCAGCUUCACAACUCAGGCGUUUUUUCAGUUAAAUCUCUUUAUCAUACUCUCACUGUUGUUGCUGGUGUUGAUAAUUUUCCACAUCAUUUCGUAAAUAAGAAUGGAGUUCCACCAAAAGUCUCUUUACUCUUAUGGUGUGCUGUUCAUGGUAUAUUAAACUCCUUAGAUAUGUUAAAUCGAAAAGGGAUGGAAGUUUAUAGCUCUUGCAUUCUUUGUGGUAAUUGUAAUGAGUCUCAGGAACAUCUCUUACUACACUGUAAAGUGGCAUAUAAAACUUGGAUGGCUGUUAUGCCUAAAACGCAUUGGGCGUGGGUGUUCCCAGAGACAAUGUAUUCGCUGGCUCAUUCUUGGUCUCAUAGUUCUCUAUCAAGUAACGGUAAGGUAGUCUGGGAUCUUAUUCCCUCUGCAAUAGUCUGGAUCCUGUGGAGAGAAAGAAAUUGUCGCAUCUUUGAGGACAAGUAUAGUUUCAAGACUGAUUCUGAAAUUGUAGUGGAUGUCAAGGCUCUUGUGUUGUCCUGGGCUAGUGCUGCUGGAAACAGGGUUCAUAUGAAUUUUUCAAACUCUGUUUAUAACUGGGAGACAGUAUUCGACUGA